AUGUGGACAGAGCUGGAGUUUGUCGCGCUUGGGCUGACGGUCGCGACGCUCGCGCUCCUGGCCAUGGCAGCGCGCGUGCUCCUGCCGCAGAAAACGGACGACGUGGACGAGUCGCUCCAGGCGAUGAUCAACGGCUUUGACUUUGCGCUGCCGGAAGAAGUGGAGGAAUAUCGGCAGGGCAAAGCCGCGCACGGGGACGACGGGGACAAGUGUUUCCAGCUGCUCUUCCGUCGGGCGGUGGCGGACAUUCCGCUCAUCCGGAAGAUCCAGUCGGAGAGCUCGGGCAUCCAGCGGCUCAAGAAGAACGACAUUCUCAAGGACGGCUCGUACUUGAGCUAUAAGCUGGCCGAGGAGCUGAUUAACGAGGAGAUUAAUGACGUCCGUCGAGAGGCAGAGGAGCUGAAACCAGGGGAGGGGUGGCCUGACCGAAUCUUCCCGCAGGCAGUGCAGUUUAUGAACCAGAUGGCCGAGCAGCAAGCAGACGCGCAGCGCAAGGCGGCGGAAGCACAGGUGAAGGUCAUGCAGGCGGCACGCGCCAAGGCCAUGUUACAGGCGGAAGCAGCGGAGGUUGCCAUGAAACACAUUGAAGCGCAGGUAGCAGCGACGGGGAGUGGCGGCAAAGGCAAGACGCGGAAGCGAAAGUGA